AUGGGCUUUCAGCAGGAUCAAAUGGAGGGAGGCGGCGCCGACGACAAUGCGCCCGACUGCCGUCGCCGCCACUCCUACUGCUGCCCCGGCGGCAGCCAACCCGAGCAGCUGCUCGAUUCGGAGGGCAAAGCCUGCCGGUUGCGCCUGCUGAGCACCGCCGCGCCGCACAUGCGCAGCUUCCACCUGGCAUGGGCAACCCACUUUAUGGCUGUGUUUGCCACCUUCACGGCGGCACCGCUGCUGCCCGUCAUCCGCGGCAAUCUGGACCUGACCAAGACGCAGGUCUCCGCCGCCGGUAUCGCCGCCGUCAGCGGCACCAUCGUCUCCCGUGUGCUGACAGGCGGCGUGUGCGACCGUUGGGGGCCGAGGGCCGCCGCCGCCACCAUCCAGCUCCUCACCGCGAGCGCCUCCUUCGGCAUGGCGGUGGUGGGGGACGGAACCGGCUACAUCACCGCCCGCCUCUUCAUCGGCUUCUCCCCGGCUUCCUUUGUGCCAGUUCUGGUGCUCGGUGAUGUUCAAUGCCAGGUGCCUGUUGCACUCCCUAUACCUUAUGGGAUUGUGGGCACUGCCAACGCGGUGGCCGCGGGCUGGGGCAACUCGGCGGGGGGUGUCGUGCAGCUGGUCAUGCCUCUCUUGCUGGAGGCGCUGUCCAGGUCCCAGCCCGACUUUGUCGCCUGGCGCUGCUGCUACUUGAUCGUCGGCUGGAUGCAGGUCUUGGUCGGCAUCGCGGCGCUGGUGUGGGGCCAGGACCUGCCUGCGGGAAACUACGGCGAGCUGCGGGCGCGGGGCGACAUGCAGCGGGCCAACUCGGCGCGCGAGUACUGGUCGGCGGCUCGCAACUACCGCACCUGGGUCAUGGCCCUCGUCUAUGGCUUCUCAUUCGGGAUGGAGCUCACGAUGAACAAUGUGCUGGCCCAGUACCUGUACGACACAUUCAACACCAGCCUGACCGCGGCGGGAGCGCUGGCGUCUGUGUUUGGCUUCGUCAACCUGUUCUCGCGGCCCGCGGGCGGCAUCCUGUCCGACCUGGCGGCCCGCAGGUUUGGCAUGCGCGGCCGCCUCUGGGUGCUCUACCUGCUGCAGAGCUCCGCAGCCGCCUUCUGCUGCGGCCUGUCCCAGAUGGGGGCCUCCCUGGGCGGCAGCAUGGCCAUGGUGGCAUGCAUGGCGCUGACGGUGACGGCGGCGGCAGGCGCCACGUUUGGCAUCAUUCCCUUCAUCUCCAGAAGAGGCUUGGGAGCCGCAAAUGGCAUCGUCGGUUCCGGCAACAGCGUAGGCUCCAUCCUGCUGCAGGGCUUGUUCUUCACUGGCAGCCAAAUCAACUGGAGCCAGGGCUUCCUUUACAUGGGCAUCAUGGCUCUUGGCAUGACCAUGCUCCUGUUCCUCAUUCGCUUUCCCAUGUGGGGCGGCAUGCUGCCCUCCAGCCUGGUGCCUGGCCAUAAGCAGCAGCCUGGGGAGGCGUGCGAAGAGGCGUACUACAGCGCAGACUUUACGGCGGCCGAGCGGCGGCUGGGCAUGCACACCUCUGUGCUCAGAUUCGCAGCAGAAUCGCGGUCGCAGCGCGGCUCGCGCUGCUUCGGCAGUGUGGAGGUUGCAGCGGAGGCGGGCGGCGAGGGCGACGGCACGGUAACGGCGUCGGCGGUCACGGCGGCCGUGUCGGCGGCUGCGACGGAUGCGGGGGAUGAAGCCGGCGCAGGCAUGCAGCAGCAGGGCACCCUGCCGCCGCCCGUGCAGCCCAGCGUAAAGCGCAUGCGCCUCGAGUCGCCGCCUGGCAGCGUGACAGUCAGCACAGGGGCGGCCGGGAGCAGCGGCGUCACGUCUACCCCCGCCACGCCGACCGCAGCCAACGCCAGCACGGCGGCGGCCUCGCCUCACAGCAUGCUGCCAGCCAGCGUGCUCUGUCCCCCCGCCUUUUGCUCCGCAGCCAGCCCCGCCCUGUCUGGUGGGGUGCCUGGCUCGCCGCCGGCCGCGGGCAGCAGCGCCGCCAGCGGCGGCAGGUCAGCGAAUGCCAGGGGCAGCCGCGGCAGCCUGCUGAGCGCCGAGGAGAAGGUGCAGAGGCUGCUGGAGCGCUUCCCCCAGAGCUUCUGCCAGGAGCUUCAGAUCGACAUCGCUUCCGGCAGCCCCGCAGCCCUCUGGCAGUGGCUGUGCGCCUCUGUCCUGUUCAGCGCCCGCAUCAAGUCGGGUGCAGCGUUGAACGCCUGCCUACAGCUGUUUGCCGCGGGGCUGACCACCCCGCAAGCGGUGUGCACGGCGGGGGAAGAGCGCGUGCGCAGCCUGCUGGCGGCCGGCGGCUACGACCGCCCCGACGACAAAGCGGCGGCAUACCUGGUGGAGAACGCUGAGGCGAUGGUGCAGCUGUACCAGGGAGAUCUGACUGCCCUGCGCGCUGCUGCGGGCAACAACGCGCAGCAGGAGCGGACGCUGCUGAAGAAGCUGAAGGGCACGGGGGAUGGAGCUGCGCAGCAGCCCUGGGAGGAGCUGUUCCCGUUCAGCGACAAGAAGGCGCUCAAGGCGGCUCGCCUGGCCCUGGCGGACCUAUGCGGCGGCGACAGGCAGAAGGCACGCGUGCUGGCGUUCCAGGGCUGCGCCUGCUGCCACUGUUAUGCCAGCCUGCUGGCGGCGCUGGUGCGGGUGGAUAUGACCAAGUCAUACCACGAGUUCUGA